UUUACAUCUUUGCAGGCGAACAUUAAUCCAACAAAUACGUCCGACGACAUGUCUGGUUAAUUCCGUAUGUGGAUGUUAGGGGCGCUUCCGCGCGCCAACUUUAUACAUCCUACAUGGAAGGUCAAAAAAUUUCAAACUUAAAUUCGUCAACGUCUACGUUGACCAGUUACCAGGAUUUUCGGUGUUUGAAAAGUAAAUAUCCUGGAAAGAAGUUUUUUUUAUAAAAUUAGUUAGUUAAAGAAUUGUGAAAGAACUACUGGACCAGAUAAACGUUUAAUUGCACGAAAUCGUGUAAAAAUUGCAGCUUAAUUGCUUGCUACAUAUUUCAAAGAUUGUGUUUGAAUAAUAUCCACCUUACGAUAGUUUAUUGUAAUACUUAUUUGAAAAUUUAAUCCAUGAAUUCAAAUUUUUUUGAUAUAAUGGACAACUGUUGUGCUCCACAGUGGGCAGAUUUUACACGUAGCCCUCAGGUUUGUUGUGAUAGUUAUUUCGAAAAAGAACACGAGGUGCACGAUCCUCAAAUACUUUUGAAAUCUACCAUUAAUUCCACUUCAUCUUUCUCAUAUAUGCAAGAAAGCAAAAAUGAGCAAUCUGUCAAUGAAACAAAGUUUGAUGACAGUUUAGAAUCAGAAACUUCUGCACAUUGUAAUAUAGUAUAUUUUAUACCUCAUGAAAAUAAAAAGCAUUCUGUAGAGAAAAUUAAGGAGGAUCAUCAAUUAGACAGAGCUAUGAAUGACUUAAAGCUAGAUGAAAGGUCCAGCAAGAUUCAUCAGACAUGGAAUAUAUCAAUAACAGAUUUGACCACUGAAUUUAAAGUAUCAAUGGCAAAUCAUAAAAUUAAAAAGGCUUUGCCUGAGAGGAUUAAGCAGCGUAUGUUAAAGACAAAGACCACAGUUCUUGGUAAGUCUUCAUUGAAAGAUAUUCAGGGCAAUGAUAUGGAAAAGAAAAAUGCUUUACAAACUGCAUUUGCAAAAAAUAAAGAUAAAUUAGUAACAAAAUCAAAAGUUGAUACUUCAGCAAAAGAUAAUCUUUCAGAGAAAAGAUUAUCUUAUAAAAUUGCAUCACUUUCAAAAAAAGAAUCCAAUUUAUUUAAUAAAAAACGACACUCAUUGGGUAAAUCACAACCAAAGGUACUUACUUGUCAAUAUCGUAUAACAAGGAUGAUAAAGAAUCGAAAACGUUCAAAUCAAUUUGUAAGUUUAGCAGAGGCGAUUUCUAAGUUCCAAAAUGGAACACCUCAGAGAUUCCGUACUCUCAGUAACAAGGAUAUGAAGCCUGGUCCAUUGAUGAAAUUGAAACGAUCACCGCUGAAGCUCACUUAUCCAGUUUCUCCUGCAUUAAGAUGCAAACAGAGAAGGAGAAGAGGUAAUAUCUUGAGUCAACAAGAAAGAGAGGAGUUGGAGGUUGAAGAAAUGAAGAAGCAUCAAAUCAAAGCAAAUCCUGUACCAAUUAAUAUCUUAAAGGGUCCGUCAGUAUUGAAAAAAGUACCUAAAAAGCCAACUACAGUUACGGAAGAGUUUCAUUUGACUCAGUCUAAGAGAACACGUCAUACAGCAGGACCAUCCCUAAAUUUGCAACAGAAUACAAAUGCCACGGAACACAAAAAGGUUGUUCCCAUCACUCAUUCCACUAGUAGCUCAAGUAUUUCCUCUAAGAAGGAAAAUCCUUGUGUAGAAGUUGUUGCAGAUAACACAAAAGACACAAAAUUCAAUUCUAACACUCGCAACAAGGAAUUUCAGAUGAGAAAGGAUGAAAAACUGAAAAAUUUACACACUCAGGAAGUAAAUAAAGUAAAGACAGAGUUUCAUGCAAGACCCGCACCUAAAUUUCUAAAGCCAACAAAUACAGUUAAAGAGCAGAGUUCAAAGAGGAGAACAAUAGCUACAUGUCCAUUUAGUUUUGAAGAAAGAAACAAAUUCCUUGCUAAGAAGAAAGAAGAAUUUAUUAAGCAGUUGGAGGAACAGGAUAAAAAGGUUAGAGUAUUCCAUGCCAAUCCUGUUCCAAACUUUAAACCUGUUGUGAUUCAUGGUUUAUCUAAAGAUAAUAUACGAAGCAAGGACAAGGUAUGUGGCUCUAAGGAACUUGGAAACAGACAAAUAAAAAGUUACAGAAACCAAGAAAAUAAGCAGCCUAAUAUUAUGAACAAUACAUUAACGGACAUAAGCACUAGAAAGAAGGAGAUAAUAAAUAGAACCAGCACAAGCUUAAUAGAUACUAAAAAUAAAAAAUUAAACAAUGUCCAGAACAAGGUUGAUAAAGUUGAAUUAAAUACAAUGAAAAGAGUUCAAAAAAGGAACGAAUUUGAUGACAAAAUCAAGAAGAGGGAGCAGGAAUUUGGAGCAAAGAAAAUGCAGGAAGAAAAGAAUAAAUUAUUGAAAGAAAAAAUGGAAAGAGCAGAGCUGCGCAAAAUGGCAGAGGUGAAAGCUAGACCAAUGCCAAUAUAUAAACCUAUAAAUAUUGUAAAAUCAACCAAGCCUAUAACCAAUCCACAAAGCCCUGCAUUGGGAAUUAGAAACAAAGCAAAAGCUGUUUCUUAAUUUUAAUCAACAUACAAUAUACAAGUUAAUUAUGUAUUGACUAUAUGUAAGUAACACGACAUGAUUUGUUAGAUAAUACUUCUUUGAGUUAUAGCAAAUAUUUGAACUCUCGUAUACAGUAUCAUAAUAAAGUAAUUUUUUUAUGAAGAAUAGUGCAAUCGAGCUUCGGAUCACAAUAAAAAAACUGUAUCUUUUUUUUUUUUGUAAUUUUGUAUCUAAAACUGAAAAUUUUUAUUUUUACCGUGUAGAUAAUUUAAAUGCUAAAAAAAACAAAUUAAAAAGAAAACUAAACGAUUUAUACAUAUUUACACUUAGAAAUGACGAUUGAAUGUAAUUAAAUAUUUUAUGAUUCGCUAUAAAUUUGAAAAUAACUUGUAUUAGCUGUAUAUGACAUA